UUCGGAGCGCAUUCCCCGGCAGCAAUGUGGAGGGAAAGGGCGAGCAGCUGAAUUAGUAUUUUAUUCCAUUUUUCUUUAUAACAUUUCACAACUUUGUGGUUGUUGAGGAACAGAGUAAAUCGUCUGUUUCGGGGGAAAGUGAGGAAGUAAGAAGUGAGGAAAAAAAAACUGCAGUCUCAUUUUAUUAUUAUUUUUUCCUCUCUCUCUCUCCAACCCCCGCCUGUUUUUUUGGUCUUUUUUCAGUCAAGCCAUUGUUUUCCUGCACAUGGAUAUCCAGAAGAUGAAAUGGGACGUGUUGCAUGCUCUUGAGUAGUCGUUUAUGUCGUCCCCGGGUGCUGUAGGAGGAGAGAAAGUCCCAUUCCUCAGGAGCACAAGAAGUAGAGACAUACAAGGAUCACAAGUUGUCCUCAAGCUGCGAAGGAGACGGAACUUUGCCAAGCUGCUGCGCAUCCGGCCGCACAGACGCCAAAGCUUCAUCGAUAUUUUCUCGCAGCGUCACCGUUGCCAACUUUAACUGUGGAUUAUUGACGCCGUUUCCUCCGCCAUGGAUCACGGAAUCACGUUCAGAGGAUGAAAGGGGACUUUUGAAAACAUGAACUAUUUCUCGUAGUUAGUUUGCGGGCACCAGUGUGCGCGUUUUGGACGACACCGCUCUUUAAAACAAAACAAGAAAGAUCUUGUAUUAUUCUCGCGUCGCUUUUUUUUUUUCUUCCUCUUCGACCCCCUUAUCCACUGGAGUGCGAAUAUGCCACAGCUAAACGGAGGCGGUGGGGAUGAUUUGGGGGCCAAUGAUGAGAUGAUAUCGUUCAAAGACGAGGGAGAGCCGGAGGAAAAGAUAUCCGAAAACGUGUCGGCGGAGAGGGAUUUGGAUGAUGUGAAGUCCUCCCUGGUGAACGAGUCGGAAAACAACAGCAGCUCAUCAGACUCCGAGCAAGCGGAGCGGCGCCCCCAAACCAGACCAGAUUCAGAAAGUUACGAGAAAGCAAGAGACUACUUCAGUGAAGCACUGAGAAGACAGCAAGAUGGUGGCUUUUUCAAGAGCCCUCACUACCCUGGCUAUCCGUUUCUUAUGAUCCCAGACCUCUCCAAUCCAUACCUAUCCAACGGCUCGCUGUCUCCCAGCGCGAGAACAUAUCUGCAGAUGAAAUGGCCCCUCUUGGACGUUCCCGGCUCUGCAGGAAUAAAAGACUCCCGUUCACCAACACCAGGGCAUUUAUCCAACAAAGUCCCCGUGGUACAGCAUGCCCACCACGUCCACCCGCUGACGCCUCUCAUCACCUACAGCAAUGAACACUUCUCCCCCGGGACGCCACCGUCGCACCUCUCGCCUGAGAUCCUUGACCCAAAGACAGGUAUUCCUCGGACGCCUCACCCGUCAGAGCUCUCGCCAUACUACCCUCUGUCUCCCGGUCCUGUGGGCUCCAUCGCACACCCCCUGAGCUGGCUCAUGCCGCAGCAGGGCCAGCACAUGUACUCCAUCCCUCCGGGGGGAUUCCGUCACCCCUAUCCAGCCCUGGCCAUGAAUGCAUCCAUGUCCAGCUUAGUGUCCAGCCGUUUCUCCCCUCACAUGGUGAGCCCUCCUCCGCACGGCCUCCACCAGACAGGCAUUCCCCAUCCUGCCAUUGUCUCCCCAGCCAUCAAGCAGGAGCCCAGCAGUGACCACAUCAGCCCCUCCAUGCAUGCCAGGAAGUCCCCUGUUCCCAGUAAGAAAGAAGAGGACAAGAAGCCUCAUAUCAAAAAGCCGCUGAAUGCUUUCAUGCUGUAUAUGAAGGAGAUGAGAGCCAAAGUGGUGGCAGAAUGCACUCUGAAAGAGAGCGCUGCAAUUAACCAGAUCCUUGGAAGACGGUGGCAUUCUCUGUCAAGAGAGGAGCAGGCCAAAUACUACGAGCUGGCCAGAAAAGAGAGGCAACUCCACUCCCAGCUCUAUCCCGGAUGGUCAGCACGGGAUAACUACGGAAAGCGGAAAAAGAGGAAGAGAGAGAAUAAACCAGACUCAAAACCAGAGGACUUCUCAAUCAGGAAUAAGAAGCAGUGCGUGCAGUACCUGCCCUCGGAGAAGAUGUGUGACAGCCCUGCGUCAUCUCACGGAAGCAUGCUGGACUCCCCGGCCACCCCCUCCGCUGCCUUGGCUUCCCCCGCUGCUCCCGCUGCCACGCACUCCGAACAGGCCCAGCCGUUAUCGCUCACCACCAAACCGGAGGGACGGAUGCACCACCACUUCUCCCUGGCCGGGAAAGCCUCUGGAUCUACAUCCUCCUCCUCUUCCUCCUCUUCCUCCACCUCCUCUUCCACCUCCAUCUCCUCCCAGCCCAGCAUCUCUGUCCCCACUGGCACUUCAGGUAGCCAGCCGAACACACCCAUCCUGACCCGGCCAAUCCCCUUCACCUCUCUGCACCCCUCCAUGCUCUCCCCCACUUCCCCGUUCCAUCAGGCAGCCCUUCACUCCCACCAUUCCCUGUUCCAGUCACAGCCCCUCUCUUUGGUCACCAAACCAACCGAAUAAACCUGCAAAGGCAGUUGUCUCUCAUUUAUUGUGCUGUAUAUUGCUUUUCUUUAAAAUAGGUAUUAGAACAUCUUUUUUUCUAAAUACUGAAAAGGAAGAAAUAUUAUUGGUCAAUAUUUGACUGCCUCCUUUUCUACAUCUCUCAAUAAAAAAGCAAAAUGUAUUUUUUGUAAAGUUUACUGCAGAACUGGGUUCUUUUUGAUGCAUUUAUCCAAUGAACCUCUUGUAUAAAAGAACCAAUGUACAUAAAGUUUCUUUAUAAAAGCAAAAAAAGAAACAAAAAAGACGUUUUCUUUUUAGCCAAAACCUAAUUCAGGUUAGUAUGAAGUUCAAGUCCUAGUCCUGGCCGAUAAUUGCAACCCCUUUUUCAAUUCACAAGUGUGUGCCCCUUCUUUGACA